AUGCUUAAUACGACUUUCGACGAAGGCGUGGCACUAAAGACCGUCGCCCUACCACUAUCACGAGACAAGCGACUCCAGAAACUAGUGUUUAUGCGUCCUUUGCGCCUCAUUGAGUCUCUAAUGGGAUCCAGUGCUGGAGCAAAGCAGGCAAUUCCGGCGGCAUCAGCGGGUCCAAAGGGAGGUACAAAUGCUGAAUCUCCAGCGGCCGAGGCGCCAACUGUCGAUUCACGAUUGCCAUAUCCGAAUUUUCGCGAACUGUUCACUUUGAAGAAUUACUGGAAAACGAUACGACGGAAUGACAAGGAUUGUGGGAAGAUGAUGCUUGCCAAGUGA